AUGCCUGCUGUUUCGGCGCCAACACCCGCUGAAAAGCCGGCGUUGACGCUGGAGCAGCAGCAUAUUACUGCUGUCGAUGGGAUCGUUCCUACGCUGCAGAACAUCGUUGCCACAGUCAACCUCGACUGUCGUCUUGAUCUUAAAACUAUAGCUUUGCAUGCUCGUAACGCCGAAUACAACCCAAGGUAUGUUCGUUUUGCCGCUGUGAUUAUGCGUAUUCGUGAUCCUAAGACGACUGCACUUAUUUUUGCUUCUGGCAAAAUGGUUGUAACUGGUGCCAAGUCUGAGGACGACUCCCGAUUGGCUUCGCGCAAGUACGCGCGUAUUGUUCAGAAACUUGGUUUCGACGCCAAAUUUUCCGAGUUCAAGAUACAAAACAUCGUCGGCAGUUGCGAUGUUAAAUUCCCUAUCCGUCUGGAAGGCCUCGCCUACAGCCACGGACAGUUCAGUUCUUAUGAGCCUGAGUUGUUCCCUGGAUUAAUCUACCGUAUGCUCAAGCCGAAGGUUGUACUGCUCAUCUUCGUCUCAGGCAAGAUCGUCUUAACUGGUGCCAAGGUUCGCGAGGAAAUUUAUACGGCUUUCAACACUAUCUAUACCGUGCUUUGCGAGUUCCGCAAGCCUUAA